AUGGUCGCUUGGACACACGCGCUUAGAGCCCUGGUGGCCAUUAUGGCGCUCUUUAUGUGCACGCAGGCGUCGCCCGUGCCCAAGGUCUCGCAGAUGGAAAGACGCAUGAUUGCGUCGUCCAGCGGCGUUCCUGGGCCCAAGCUGACGUUCGGUGAAGUGUAUUCCGGCAUGUUCCAGCCGAACGGAGGUGUCGACAGACCGAUGAUCCCGAGCUCGAUCCCGAACAACUAUGGUCACAUGUACUUCAAGGAUGGCGCGCCCAUCUACGUGUUUGCCAACGACGCCUCCAGAAUCUCGAAGCUCGAUAUGGAAGUGGCGCUCAAGACCUUCGGCAAGUUCCACAUCUUCAACGCCGAAACGCGCAGGUACGUUACGAUCAUUCCCAAGGCCGACUCGCCCGGACAAGCUAUCCAGUCGCGCGGAUGGGGAAACAUCCACGAGCACAUGGAACAGAUUGCCCGGACCCGCGAAGGAUUCGGCCCGCACGUCGCCACCGUCGCGCACGGCCUUCCCGUCUCGGCGAAAUCCAAGAAGAUCCUAGGCUUCAAGACCGAAACGGCGCCCGAAUGGAAGGAGGUGUUCAAAGCCGAACCCGUCUCGCAGGAUCCCUCACGCAGCCACUAUGCCGAGGAUUUCCGAAAGCACCUGAGGCUGGCGCUAGACCGCAAUCGUCAUGUGCGCUUCGUCAGCUCGGACGGCGCCCGAACCCUGGGCCUGCGUGCGAAAUCGGACGGUUCAAUCGAACUGAAGCUCAAGAACCUUGUAGGCGACCUAUCGCACUUCCAUGGCUAG